UAAGUAACUCGUUACCUUGGGAGUUCGCCAGAGAGAGGUGGGAAUGGAGGUUUGGGACUGCAAGGGAGGGCAACUUUCUGUCCCUUUUCCAGGAUUUAAGUUUUGGUUCGGAAAUCUACGAGGAGUUGCCGGACUCGUUCCUUGCCUGCUCAGGAAUUAGGUGCUGUCUCCAGGGGCAGGCGGGAGGACACCUUUUCCCACCAUCAUCCCCCUUUUCCUCGUCUCUCUUCCCCCCCUCUUCCCCGUCCUUUCUACGACACUUCGGACCACCGCAAGAAAGUUUUCCUCUUUGCCAAAUUGAAGAAUAGGAGGUGUUUACAUUUUUAUGAAGUAUUGAAGGCCCAAUGGAAAACAUUAAACAUAUCCCAACGAUAAAGAUAUCGCAAAGUUUUUGAAGUUUGGUUCAAAUCCAUAAUAAGACAGACAAAGACAAAGACAUGUAAAUGCCAUGGACUUACAUAUCUAUCUUGAAAAGGAGGAGGAAGAAGAGGAGGAAGAAGAAGAUGAGGAAGAGGAUUCAGAAUCUACCCCUUCUAAGACUUUGCAUCCUCAAGUAGUAUCUGUGACUGGAUCUCCUCCAGGUACUCAAGUUUCUGAUGAACCUGAAAAAACAUUUGUACCUGCAGAGUUACCUGUCAUCCAUGAAAUAAUAGAUACGCUCCCUCUUCUGGAUGUGCUGAGGAUUUCUGCAGUUCUGGAGGAUACCCUAGACCAGCUUUCAAUUUUAAAUUACAUCAUGCCAAUUCCAUUUGAAAAAAAGAAAGAGACCGUUCAUAAAUCAAGUAAAGAUAUGCACAUAGUCAUCCAAAGCCUAGAUAGAUUGCAGACAUCUAUCAUGCAUCAAAGAAAAUCUGGCACAGCAGCAGAAUUAGAAGGACCUAAGACACAUCAGACUGAAAACCCUGAAGAGAAAAAGGAAGAAUGCUUUACUAAAAGACCUGCAAGACAAAGCAUCCUGACUUUAGAAACUCUUGGAAAAGUUCAGGCUGAUAGAGAGUAUGCCAGUGAAAUACUUACAGAAACCGUAAAGGAGAUGCAGAGUUUGGGAACAUUCACUAAACUUAUGAAAGCUUUGGAGAAAGAGAAGGAAAAAAAAACAAACUUCUGUGAAAUCAUUGCCAGAGAAGAAAAAGAGAGAAAACUGAUAAAAUCUCUCCAGAAAGAUCUUCAGGAUGUCAAAAAUGAGCGGCAAGUAGAAACACAGGGUCGGAAUGAAUAUAUUGCACAUCUCAAAGACCAGCUGCAAGAGUUGAAGGCAAAAACUAAUAUGGAAAGUCGAUAUGUGAAGAAAAAUACUGACUUGCAGAUUGCUCAGACCCAGAAAAAAUGCAACAAAGAAGAAGAGGUCUUGCUGGAAGAGAUUGAUAAAUUGAGACUCAAAACUGAUGAAGAGAUUCGGGUCCACUUAGAAAUUGAAAGCUUCCUCAAGAGAGAACAGCAGAAACUGGAAGAGAAGUUAGAGUACUGGAUGGAAAAGUAUGAUAAAGACACAGAAGCAAAACAAAAUGAACUGAAUAGUCUUAAGUAUGCAAGGACCAGUGACUUGGCAACCUUGCAGGAUCUUGCUAAACAGUUAAGGGAGUUCGAACAGGUCAUAAUUGAGGAUCGGCUAGAAAAGGAGAAGGCCAGGAAGAAGAUAGAACAGGAUGCCCUGGAACACAGUAGCAUCAUAAAGCUUCAGGCCUGGUGGAGAGGCACCAUGGUGCGAAGAGAACUGGGCAACUUCAAGAUGCCUAAGAGAGAAAAAGACGAUAGCAGGGAUUCAAAAGGCAAAGGGAAGAAGGCAGUCAGGAAGAGAUGAUGGUGCUCGCUCUGGCUUUUUCUUUUCAUCUGUUAGGGGUUAGGAAGUAGAAAGGAGGAAUUAAAAGGGGCAAAAACCUCACCAGCUGGGCGUUAUUUCUUAUUUAAACAACCUCCUGAAGAGCGCAAAGACUGAACAGGGAUCCUUGAUGACUUUAGAUUUUGAAGUUCAGUGCUCAAACAAGAUGAUUUUUUUCCCCUAAACCCAGGGAUAUUAGGACAAAAUUUGGAUUUCUUGGUCGAUUUAGUGCCUGAUAUAAUCUGACCUUAUAUCAAGAAGGACCUUUUCUAGGAGCUCUAGAAAGACGUCUCUCUUUUGACACCAAUACAACUAGAAAAAACAAUUUCUGUGCCCAUUACAGUGAAAUUGUUUAAUGAUGAUGCACUAAAAGUACUGGAAUUAA